CUAGCACAUGGGUAAGUAAAUAACUCGACUUCACACUGAUGGUAAUUGCUGAUCUUUAUAUACUUAUCACAUAUAUUGCAUUUUAAUCCAGAGAAUGGAUUGGGGAAGCUCAAGUAGAUCCAACAUGCAGUGUUGUUUUGUUGUAGUACCAAUUGCACAUUUAUUUUCAAACUUACAGGCUUCAAAUAUUUGGUGAUUCAAUCCUCCAAAACAAACAUUAAUUCAAUGCAUGGUAAUGAAAUAAAAGCAACAUUUUACACAAAGGUAAAGAGAGCAGUUGAAAAUUGUACUGCUUCACACACAGGAGGAGGAGAUGUAAAUGGACUGAUGAGUUAUUAAUGUUUUCAGCAUACAACAUUCUACAGUAUAAUUACACGUUAAUGGUUUGAUAUUGGUAUUGAAGUGAAGUGAGAAUAAAAACAAAGUGGUUUAUGUCUUUCUGGCUGCAUAACUUUCCCCACCACAGUUAUGUUUCUGUAUCUGAUCAAUCUCUCCAAUGUGAGCAGAUGAUCAUCAGCACAGUGUAACAGAAUGUUAUUUUAUGGACAGAGAAAUAGUUCUAUUCUACACUUUCAAAUUUAUCAUUAAAGUCUGGCAUCAUGGACGAAACCUUUACGCUGUAUUACUCACAUCCACAGGAGGAUUCUGGAGUUGAUCAACAGAGGAGAGAAGAAGCAGAGUUCUACAUUCGUCAGAGAGACAGAAAAUGUACAGAAAAUGAGAGAAUGAAAAUGGAGAAAUCUGCUCUGCUGACUGAACUGGACGGAGCAUCAAAAUCACUGGAACAUAAUGACCAACAGCUAGAGGAAAGAAAAAGACAGAUAGAGAAUAAAGAUACAGAACUGAGAAACAGAGAGAAAAUCAUUGAGGAGAAAGACACACUACUCAAAGAUACAAAUACAAAACUAGAGAAGAUGACUAAAGAUCUACAGGAGAGAGAAAGAGCUCUACAUGAGAGAGAUCAACAACUGAAACUGAAAGACACACAGAUACAGGAGGCACAAAUACAAGUGGAGGAAAUGGAGAAAAGAUUUGAGGAGAAGGAUAAAGACUUGAAUAAGAAAAAUGAACAGCUGAAGGUUCUAAAAGAACGUUUAGAGAUUAAAGAGAAGACUCUUUCUGAGAGAGAUGCAGUGUUAAUGGAAACAAAUGAAAAAUUUCUAAAUGCUACUAAACAGUUUAAGGAGAAGAACUUACAACUGGAGACACUGGAACAGGAGCUGCAGGACAAGAAGAGUCAACUACAGGAGAUGAUGAUUAUACUGGAGCAGCAGAAAACUGAAUUAGCAGAAAAAAACAAACAGCUUGAAGAGAAAGAAAGUCUUCUAACUGAGAGAGGGACACAGCUAAUGUAAAGAGACAAACAGCUUCAGGAGAAAGACAGACUUCUAGAGAAGAAAACAAAGCAGCUGCAGGAACAGAUAGAUCCAGAAUCUGGAGCUCUUCUCAUCAGGAGAAGAAACAGCAAGAAUGUGUUACCUCUGGAAAUGAGUGGAGAAUCAUCUACUCCACAGUCCCCAGUGUUAUUUCCUAUAGCAGAACUGAGGCUGGUGCUGCUGGGGAGGAUGGGAUCUGGAAAGAGUGCAGCAGGAAACACCAUCCUGGGCAGAGUGGAGAGGAACCAGGAUGCUACAUCUACAGUCACCCAGCAGAGUGAGAGCACACAGGGGAAGGUGGCUGGGAGGAAGGUGUCUGUGGUGGACACUCCUGACUGGUUCUCUCCUGGACUCUCUCUGGAGAAGCUGAGACAGGAUGUGGGACACUGUGUCCACCUGUCUGCACCAGGUGCCCACGCCUUCCUCCUGGUCAUACCUGUAAAGCAGCCUACAGGAGAGGAGAGAGGGUUGCUGGAGAAAAUUGAGGAGAUUUUUGGAGAGAGAUGUUGGAGAAACACCAUGAUCAUAUUCAGUGUUGAAUAUGAACUGAUGAACUUGAAGAAGAACAUUGAGGAGUUUAUCCAAUCAGGAAAUGAGGAGGUCCAGAGACUUGUAGAGAAAUGUGGGAACAGGUUUCACUGUCUCAACAUUAAGGAGACUGGAGAUGGUUCUCAGGUCUCAGAGCUGCUGGAGAAGAUAGAGAAGAUGAUGGAUGGAAACAGAGAGAAAUUCUACAGCAGUGAGAUCUACCUGGAGACAGAAUCUCAGAUUAGAGCAAUGGAGACAAAGAGCCUGAAGAAAAUAAAAGAGAAAAGGAUGAGAGAGGAGAUGGAAAUGAAGGAAAAAAUAGAAAAGGAGGUGCAGGAUUCACUGAGAAAGAUAGAGGGAGAGAUCCAGGAGCAUGAAGGAGACAUCAAACAACUUAAUGACCGAACAACUGAACUGGAGAGAAAGAUGAUAGAAGAAAAGGAUGAAGAGAAAAAGAGAGAUCUUGAGGAGAAGCUGAAACAUGGGGUAGAGCGAAAGAGAGAGAAAGAAGAAAAGGUGAAAAAAUUAAAAGAAAAGAGAGAGAGGGAGAGGAGAGAGAUGGAGGAAAGGCACCAACAGGAGAUGAAGGAGAUCAGGGAGGUGUAUGAAGGAGAGGCCAGGAUGGAGGCAGAGAGAAACCUCAUGAAGAUCAUCCUGCCUGAAUUCCAGAGAAACAUUUUGGCCUCAAAAACAAAGAUGCAGGAAGAGUUCAGCAGACAGAUGGAGGAGAAGCACAGAGAGCUGGAGACUCUUAACCACAGACUUUUCGAGGUCACAGAAUCUUACAGUCUGCUGAAAGAAGCAUACCAGAUAACUGUGCUGACCUUAACAGAACCAAAGCCAGAGUAACUUUAGUGAAUGUGAGGGAGAGAGAAUGAGAAUUCCUAAUAGACUAAGACAGACAGGUAGGACAGUAGCACUUCACUGAAGCAAAGCUGAAGGGACUUCUUAAGGGUUUAAUGAUACACUGGUUUGACACUACAAUGAGGAAAUGUGGUACUGCAGUACCAAAACUGUUUAACUGGAGCAAACCUCCAGGCCAAAUUAUUUUUAUGUUAUUUUAUUUGCUACUAAACAUCAAUCCUCUUAACAAUGACAUUAAUAAGCAAGAGUGCAGGUAUUCACAGCCGUUCUGAUAUUCAGUGUAACCACAUGAUUGCAAGUGUGAUAUUGCUUUUAUACAGCAGUUCUAUAAACAAGAAAUUAAUAUCAAAUAAGUGACAUUUUCAACACAAUAUGGCCAAAUAUUCUGGUAUUCUGUUGGUUUUUUUUUUUUUUUUUUUUUUGCUAGCGUAAAUUGAUCCAGACUUUAUAGCAUGUCAGUUAGCUGGCUAGCUAGUUUACACUGAUUUGUACAUUCCCAUUAAAUGUGCUUCCAUUAAAAUCGGCAUCCCUUUGUUCAUCUUCAUCUGAUGAGCUUUUAAGUCAAAAGUAUUGUUUGCCAUAUUUGCUAACUCUACUGUAGUAACCGUUUCCAACUAGCAAAUGAAAUGUUAUGUGGUGAACACAGACCAGUUGAGCGAUACACACAGUUAAAUGUCCCAGUGCAGUUAUAGUAAUUUAGUGGACUGGAACUAAAUGUUGCAUAAACAUUUUUAUACAACAUUCUGAUUGGUCAGAAAGUAUAACAGCGUAAUUUCCUGUAAC